AUGCGUCUGACGGACGCAAUGACCGUCACGGGCACUCAGCUAUCGGACGCCGUUCCAGACGUUCCAGCUCCGGAUUUCCAUGGCGAUAGCGCCUCCUAUGACACCGACAUGGACAUUCAAACCACCUUUGCCAAUUUUUCCAAGCCUUGGAAACCCAUUACUUUGGUCCAACCCUGCGUCACUACAACCGGGAGGCUCUUUUCCUCGUGCAAGCCGCUGCGCGACGGCUUCACAGCCGAAGGCGAAUUUGGACCGCGCAAUCCCCGUGGUCUUUUUGCCUGCUGCGGCAGCAUCCGGUCUUUUUGCCUGCGGCGGCAUCAUUUGGACCUCCAGGCGUGUUUGGCUGUAUGUCAGUUGCGCAAAAUACCGGGCGCGCUGCGGCGACUGGGCCAAGUCACGCUACGCCAAUUGUACGACGCGGCGUUCGAGCCUCCACAAGGCUAUGAGGGCGGAGAGAGCGUAGGUGCGCUGUGGAACCUGGUGACCCGGCAGGUCGAUGUACGGCUUCACUCAUGGGAAUCGUACUCGCACGAGCUGGAUGACCGGGAACGGCUUGGCCAGGGAAAUCCCAGGCAGGUGUCGUACAGGCGGUCGCCGUUUGGUCUUCCUGUCGUACACCCUUUGUGUAGAGCAGCUUUGACCUGGUCAACGUCCAUGUUGCUAUUCGACCUGGUCUUUACGGCGUUUUGGGUGCCGGUCAAUGUUGCGUUUUGCCUGGACCAGUACGGCAGGCUGGACGCCGUGUGCACUCGUACGGAUCUGGCGGGUGGCAUUGUCUACCUGGUAAAUCUACUUUUGGGUUUCCAGAUUGGAGUAACGCUCACAUGCGGGUAUCGCUCCAGGGUGGUGAUGGAUGGAGUAGAUGCUGUACGACUGUACGGCUCUACUUUGUCGUUCUGGUUGGACAUACUGGCAGUGGCGCCCUUUGUCUACUUGUGUAAUCUAAGUCAUACAUACAUACACGUACAAACACCGAAAAAGACGUACAUAUUCACGCAUGAUAUGCAGGUGAUGGUGUUGGGUUUGGGUGAUGCCGUGGCCCGCCAUCAAACAGUUUCCAUCAUUUCUCUCAUUCGCCUAGUACGAUUAUUCAGAGUGGCAUCGAUCAUCAAGCAAGUGUACAGCAGUUCCACGGGUGGUGAGGUUCAGUCCUCGUGGGUUGCGGACCACUUUUCAGUCACCCCCUUGUACAUGGCGUUACUGACCUAUCUGGCUAUGGUGCUCGUAAAUCUGUAUUCAUGUCUGUUGCUGCUCAUUGCUCAUUACGAGCUGCAGCACGGCAAGACGUCCUGGAUGACGAGCAUUGCGUGGGAGAAUGUCGCAGAGGCAGGCGCGGCCGUCCGGUGGUAUCAAGCAGUAUACUUCUGCAUCACCGUGAUGACCACGACGGGCUAUGCGGACUUUCUUCCCAAGAGCCCGGCGGAGCAGGUGCUCGUGUCCGUGAUGAUGCUUAACGGGCUGGUCAUCUUUGGUGCAGUGGUGGCGCUCAUUGGCAGUGCACUUAAGCGCAGCCAGGAGCGCGCACAGAGGGCGUACGACGACCGGAAGCAGAUAACUUUGUUACGGCAAUACCUUAUGAAGGGGAAGGUCGAGGAUGAAAGGGCGUGGGAGGGCGUGGUUCGGGAGGUCCUGACGUUUUACGCUGAGUUGUCCGCGCGGAGGGAUGAGGGCCGUACAGAGAGCGACAUUGUGUUUGAACUCCCCAGCCACCUGCGACAAGAGGUUUCCAAGCAUGUGGUCAUGGAGCUCAUAGACCGGUGUCCGCUACUCAAGGACCUGCCGGAGGAAAUUCAAGAACUUCUUGCCGUACAUUUCGUACCCAUCGAGAUGCCUACAGAUCACGAGAUUUUCCGGCUGGGUGAUGACCUGGAGGGCGACGGGGGGGGCCUGUGGCUGUUGGAGACGGGGGUGGUGGGUGCGUAUCGAAACAAGGAACGCGUGGAGAUGCCGGCAGGUCCCGCUGGCCUUGCCGUACCGUGUCUCCUGGGGGAGGCUGCCGUACUGGCCGACAUCAUACCCUCUUGCAGAGCGUGUCUGCAGAUCUACCCCAGCAUUGCCGUACACGUGAUGCGGUUUAUCCGCAACGGCAUCAUGAACUGGCUGGCGGGCCUGGAGGUUGUCGGUUGGUGUGAGGUGGUUCAAUUGCUCAAGCGUUCCUUCAUCAUGGGCCCUUUGCGGGAGCGCUUUCAGGAUUGCUACCUGGCCUUGCAAUUGGCCAGUCCGCAGGACGGCGCUCUUACGGAGCUGUUGUCGGCCUGGUUAGAGAUGAGCGUCUCGAAGGAGAUGACGCUUCAAGAAUCGUUGGACGAGCGAGAAGUCAAAGACGCACCCAUGGAUUGCGGCCCCUCCUGGACCACACGAGCAGCCACCGCGAACCAGGACUAUUUGAUUACCCCCGCCGCGACGCCUGAACAUGCUCCCGCAUCGCCAGUCGGAUCAGACGCGGCGGGCCGUACAGCCGACGCCGCCGUACUGGUUCCAUCCGUGCCGCAACAAGCUGCUGCUGCGGCGGCGACGGCAAUGGCAUCGGGGUUAAUCCCAGUGGAUGAAGAGAGUGAGCACGACCCGUGGGUCGCGGACAGCAGCGCGGUACUGUUUGCUGGCGGCGGCAGCGGCGGCAGCGGCGGCGUGCCGACGCAACAGGGUCUGCCGUGGCCGCCGCCGGCGCUGUUAGCGGCGACGUCAUUGCCAUUGCCGCCUGUGAUGCGAGGUCCUCUUCCUUUGCGGGCCGCCAGCGGGCGGUCUAGUACGUCCACUUUGCCUUUGGCGGUAGAGAAGGGAGUGCCGGCUGGAGGCGCUGCAGAUCAGGACCGAUCCGCAGCCCCGGUUAACGCGACCCAGGAUGGGGUAUUUAUGGCCGCAGCGGCGCCGCCGCCACCGUCGCCACUGCCGCCGACACACGUCUUGCCCUUUGUCUCGCCGUUUGCAGCUGCCGCGGCGAUACCGCUGCUGUCGUAUGGCAGCUCGGGAUUUGACGCCGCCGGCGCUGCGCAGCCAGCUCCGUCGCUCUUUCCACGGCCAGUCGUACACGGUACGGCAUCCGCCCAGGAGCCUGCUGUAGCCUGUUCAAGCGGUGGAGACCGUUGGUCAUCGCCGUCACGGAACGCCGGACAAAACCGCCAGGCAAUUACGGCGGCGGCGGCGGUGGCGGUGGCGCCCUUGGAUCAUGGACAGCAACGCAUGUCCUCCAUGGAGAGCGACCGUGCCGUACAGCGCACCGCCGCCAGCGCGUCGGCACGCUUGGAUAAGGGCAGCGUCGUCGAGGGUUCGCCGUGGGUGGUGCUUCCCAGUGAGUUGGAGGCGGAGGCGGUCCUGCAGCGGAAUUCAGAUACCCAAUGGUGCCGUACGUCUCCUUUCGGCGCCAACCGCGGUGGCGGCGGCAGCGGCCAGCAUGUACUGCACCAGCAAUUGUCACCGCCGUCAGGGCCGUCACCGCUGACGUCGCCGACCGCGUCGCCGCGUCUGGUGUGGUACGGCGUUGCGGCAGGCAGUCCUGCGGCCGCCGCCGCGGCGGUGGCGGCGGCGGCAGCGCGAGUUCAGCAGACGCCGAUGUCGCCGAGGGGUCCCGGUGGCCUUGACCAGGGCUUGACGGCGGCAGCGGCGGCACCGCCGCCGCCGCCGCCACCACUACCAGACCAAGCACCCACCGCGGCGGCGGCACUCACAGGUCAGACAACCGAUUUCCGCCUGACGUUUAUAUGCAAGAUCUUUCUGGCCGCUGGGAUGCGGGUGGAACAACUUAAACGGCUUCAGCCAAGGGUUUCGGAGCUGGCCCUCGCCGGUGCGGCCAUGGCAGCAGGCACAACUGCCACAGCCAGCUCCGCCGUACCCCAGGCACCUACGAUCCUCGCGCCCGCCUGCACGUACUGCGGCUGUGCCACGUGCGCGUACUGCGCUCGUCCAAUCGUUCCGCACGAUGCUGUAGAGGCGGUGCGGGAAAGGACCGCCGCCACCGCAGGUUCCGGAGCACUCGUCAGUCCGCCGCAGCACGCUGACUCCGAAACUGCCAAUGCUCUUCCCGGAGCCGGCGGAGGCAGGGGAUCCCUGCUGGCCGGCGGUAGCGCGUUAAGCGUCACGACUAGCACCAACAACUACAGCGGCGGCGGCGGCGGCGGUGGUGGUAGCCGCCAAGUCCGCAGCGUGAACCACAGCACCGGCGGCGGCGGCGGGGGCGGCGGCGGCGGCGGCGGGGGCAGCCGCCAAGCCAGCGGCGUGAACCACAGCACCGGCGGCGGCGGCGGCGGCGGGGGCGGCGGCGGCGGGGGCAGCCGCCAAGCCAGCGGCGUAAGCCGCAGCCUCGGAGGCAGCGAGUAUAUUGGGCCGGUACCCGGGUCGCUGUCGCCGGCGCUACCAGCUUCCGUGCCAAAGAGUCCCAUGGGUCGGUUGCGACAAGAUCGCGCGCGUCUAACUGGAAGCCCAAUGGCCCGCACCUCAUCUGCCCAUUCGAGGCUUCCCUUGAGGUUACCGACGGCACAACCGUCUGCUGUUAGCAGGCUGCGCUCUGGUAUCCGUGUCAGCAGCCCUAGCGGCGGCGGAGGCAGCGCCGGCAGCGGCGGCGAGCGGGCUGCAGCCGGCGGCAGCAGAGCCAGGCUUGGCAGCGGUUACGGCUACGGCAGCGCAAGGCGCGUCGGCUCCGGCGCCAGCAGCGCUCUUUCCGCCGGCGGCGGCGUUAGCGAUGUCGGAUUUCAGUUGUCGCCUGGCGCGGCGCUGGCGUUGGCGGCCGAGUCGGUUUCGGGCCCCGCGGAGAAGGCUACGGGCGGCGCGAGUGAGGAGUCAAACGAGGGAUCGAAGCCCGCGGAAGAUGUUUUUGCGGACGCAGUACUUCCUCGUAGCGGUACUAUGCGGAUUGUGUGA